AGCUGCUCCUUGUGGGCGCUGUUGCCACGGCGUCUGCCAUUUUGGGAAGAAGCACUUUGCGCAUUAGAUGGUGUAAACUGGCUCUUCGGGAUACACAGAUACUGUAGUAGUUUUAAUCGGGGCUACACCCUUGUAGGCAAAAUGCUCUCCGCCGCCCAGUUACUCGACGAGUUAAUGGGCCGAGACAGAAACUUGGCCCCGGACGAGAAGCGAUGCAACGUACGAUGGGACGACGAGAGCGUCUGUCGAUAUUACCUGUGUGGCUUCUGCCCUGCAGAACUGUUCACCAACACCCGCUCAGACCUAGGACCUUGUGAGAAAAUCCAUGAUGAGAAUCUACGGAAAACGUAUGAGAAAAGCUCCCGGUUCAUGAAAGAGGGCUACGAGCGAGACUUCCUGCGCUACCUGCAGUCGCUCCUGGCAGAAGUGGAACGGCGGAUUCGCAGAGGACAUGCCCGGCUCGCUCUUUCCCAGGCUCAGCAGAACGCCGGGCAGGGUCCUGGUCCAUCUGGAAAGAACGAGGAGAAGGUCCAGGUUCUAACAGAGAAGAUUGAAGACCUGGUUGUACAGAUUGAGGAGUUGGGGUCUGAGGGUCGGGUGGAGGAGGCCCAGGGAAUGAUGAAGCUGGUGGAGCAGCUGAAAGAGGAAAGGGAGCUGCUCAGCUCCACACCCUCGACCAUUGAGAGUUUUGCAGCCCAGGAGAAGCAGAUGGAGGUGUGUGAGGUGUGUGGGGCUUUCCUCAUCGUGGGCGACGCACAGUCCCGAGUGGACGACCAUUUGAUGGGCAAGCAGCACAUGGGCUACGCCAAGAUCAAAUCCACUGUAGAGGAGCUGAAGGAGAAACUGCGCCGUCGCUCCGAAGACCCUCAAGGCGAAAACCCGGCUCUGAAACGGGACAAAGAAGACCGGGAGCGUGAGAGGGAGGAGAGGGAGAAGAAGCGCAAAGAGGAGGAAGAGAAGGAGAAGGAGCGCGAGAAGGAGAGGGAACGGGAGAGAGAGCGGGAGCGCGAGAGGGAACGAGACAGAGAGCGAGACAGAGAAAGAGAAAGAGACCGAGACAGAGAGCGGGAGCGAGAGCGAGAACGGGAGAGGGACAGGGACAGGGACAGGGACAGGAGGGGACGGAGGAGCCACUCCAACAGCCGCCACUCCAGCCGAGCGUCGGACCGGAAACGGAGCCGAUCGCGAGACCGGCGGAGGUCCAGGAGCAGAGACAAGGAGCGGGAGAGGGAACGCAAACGCAGCAGGAGUCGUGACAGGGAGAGGAGGCGCAGCCGCGACCGCUCGGACAGAAAACGUCGCUCACGCAGCCGCGACAGGAGGAGGUCCCGCAGCUCAGAGCGCAAAUCUCACCGGCACCGCAGCCGGAGCCGCAGCCGGGACAGAGACAGAGAAAAGGACAGAGACAGAGAGCGGUCAUCAAAAGACAAAGACCGUAAGACGACAGAGGAGAGGAGCAGCUCCAAGAAAGACAAGCACUCUGACAGCGACGCGGCCUCCAUCAAGGCUUCCUCCGAAGCGGAACCGAUGCAGACGGAGGCGGCUGCCUCCUCCCCUCUGCUUAACGGCCAGCAAGAGCUCCUCCAUUCUGAAGGUGACACUCAGUCCAAUUAAAACUGAUCUGAUAGGACCUCAGAUCAGGCUCAGGGGAAGCUGGGAUUUCUGGCGGAGGAAGAAGCGGAAGAGCGCGCUCACCCUCACCCCCCCUGAACCUGACACGUCGCUGCUUAAAAACAAGGUGAACCACAAAACGUGUAGAGGCUUAUUUAAAAAAAUAAAUAAAAUAAAAAAAAUAAAAAUAAAAACAUGAACGGAAGUUCACGUAGGAAAGAAAAAAUCACUCAGAUUUUUUUCUUGUCGGCCGAAUGAAUUGGAGGGUAGUUGUGGUUCAUCUGAUGGUUCAUCUGGUUUCCUGGUGUCGACGUCGGCUCAGACGUCGCUUUAAAUACCAAACCCAGAGGGAGAAUUUUGGUUUAUUUUAAAAAAAAAAAAAAAAGAAUCUUUUACACAUCCUCCGUGUUUCUUGGUAUUUAGUGGAAAUGAAAUUAAAACAGUGCUUGUGGUUUGUAUUGAUUUGUCGGGUUCACACUUCCUGACCUCUUUAUUUUUAUUUUCUAUUUCUCAAAGUUAAAAAAAAGUAAAUGAAUAAAAACCGUUAGUUGAAAGCGUAUGUACAAUGUUAGCGCCUUGGCAGGAGGUGUCCUCCGCUCUGAGCUCACUUCGGUCGCUCUGUCCAGAAACUGUAAAAUAUUCUUAUUUUGAUCAGAAACGUUUUGAAGACUGAAGUUUUUUUGUUUCAUUUUUGCCCUGCUUUUAAUGUUCAUGUUGUCUUGAUGAAUAAAAAGCAAAAAACUUG